AUGUCUGAGACCCAUGCUCCCCGUGGCAGAGGUUCAGCUCGCGGUGGCAGGGGUGCUUUCAGAGGCGGUCGCGGUGGAGCUAGAGUAUCAAAGUCAACACCCCAAGAAAACACCAUAGCGCCAUCGUAUGAAGAUGAGGGGGAAUUGGGCCAGCUGAAGAAGAAACACUCCAGCAAUUUGCUCAUGAUAAAGGAGCUGUUUCCGGACUGGACAGACGAGGAUCUGGUAUUCGCUUUAGAAGAUGCAGAUGGAGUCCUUGAAAUCGCCAUUGAGCGUAUUUCCGAAGGCAAUGUCUCACAAUGGGGUGAAGUGAAAAAGAAACACGCUGAUAGACCUCGAACUAAGCCCAAAGAGGCGCUGCCCGUUCCAAGCGAACCAGCAGUUCCCUCCUCCCGUGGCGGUCGCACUCGCGGUAGUUUCGAAGGCCGUGGGCGUGCCCGCGGUGAACGUGGACGCGGAGGCCGUGGUGGCAGAGGAUCCCACCCUAACGGAGUACGGUCGGAGAGGCCAGCUACGCAUGUCCCUGAGGUCGCUGAGGUCUCGCCAGUAUUAGCAGAUUCGUGGGAAGCUGAUGGAGGUGCAAAGGAAGUUGCAGACAAGCCUGUUCAGGAUGCUGUGAAAGCUGCAGCUGAGCAGUCCCAGAAAAGCAGUCUGAUUCCAGAAGGAACCAAGAAAGGAUGGGCUAGUUUAUUUGCAAAACCCACUCCAGCUCCCCAGACAAAACCACCGCCGCCAGCUGCAAUGCCACUUGCAGAAAAAGUGCCCGAAAAUGCUGUGGAUGUACCGUCAACCGAUCAAGCCCAUUUACCCCUAGAUGGGAACCAUGCAGAGGCAACACAGACCUCCGAAGCUGCAGUGCCUGAAGCGCAAGUGCCUCAAAUUGUCAUGGAGAAAAAGGAAGAAAUCGCCCAACCCCAAGAACAAUCCACCCAAGUACCUCCACCAUCGGCCACUGAUUCCACCAUGAAUACGAUUGAUGACCACGCCCAGCAACACCAACAACAGCAACACCAACAACAGCAACAACAACUGCUUCAGGAACAGCAAAUUCGCCCAGCAGUUCCCUAUGCACCGACUGCGGCAUAUAAAACCACUCCCGGACGCUCACAUUUUCAACGUCGUCUUCUGGAUCAACAAGAGGCAGUUGUCAUGCCAGGAAAUCAUGCUGUAGAUCGUGCAGCUGUUCAGUUUGGCAGCAUGGGGUUGAAUGGAUCGGCGGACGAUGUUGAUAUUGAUGAGCAAAGGGAAGAAGCCGAAACCAGGCCCCAACCCCCACAACACUCUCCAAUCGCUCCCCGCGCCUCUCUUCCUCCCUCGACCAGACCCCCCGUAUCCGGGGAAGCAGUUACUCCCCGUGCUGCUCCCGGUCUCCCUCCAGUUCCAUCCACCACCGCAGAUUCCUCUUUCAAUGACUUCAGUCGCUAUGGAGAACCCCAAAAACCAUACGACCCCUUUGGCCAGCAAGUUGAACAACCGCAACCCCAGUCUCAACCUCAGGCACAUCCCCAAGCUCAGGAACCAUUUUCUAAUCAAGCCACCUUACCGUCUCAGGCUACAGCCACCACUGGUGCUGAUUAUUCUGCAUUCUAUGCUAAUGACCAGUCUCGCAACCCUUAUUACUAUGGAGGCUACGGUCAACCGCAAGAAGUCGCCACACAAAGAGUCACUAGCAGCUUUGGUGCCGCUGGGAUUGAUGCACCGGUGCAGCCCUCCUCUUCCCAAGCCCCUGGGCGCUACGGACAUGUUGAGGCUACCAACAGUGGCCAAAACACCCCAAAUCCCACAUUACCCGGACAGGCUCAGCCAAACCAACCCACCCAUAUGCCCCAAGCACAAGGCCACGGGGCAUUCAAUUAUGGAUAUCCCUACUACUCAAACCCUCACUAUCCAAACACUUAUAUCAGCCAAAUGGGACAGCAACACCAGUAUGGGCGAAACCGACCUAUGUACGACGACGUUCGACGAUACGAAGAGCAUUACUUGCCCCAUAACAACCAAUUUGGAUAUGGCAGUCAGUAUGCCCCUUAUGGUGGAAAGGGCGGAAUGUAUGGGCAACCGCAACACGCAUUCUCGUAUGAACACUCCUCAUCCCCUGCGAAUGCGGGAGGGUUUGGCCAAGGUGUUCCUGCCCGUGAUGCUAGCUAUGGCCGCACGGGAUCUGCCCAACCUGGCGAAGGUCAGCAGUCUACUGGCAACAACGCUUUUGGCGGUAUCCCUGACGUUUUCGGGCGGGCACAAUCUGGGUUUAAUCAGAACCAGCCGGUAGCUUCUCAACAACCAGUCAGUGGUGACGAUGGGCCCAAAGCAUUUGAGACAUCGAAAGCCGGUGGACCAAGCCCAUCAGUCUCUCAUGCCAACAGGCCCGGCUCCGAUGCCACCAACUCCCAAACCCAACCCGCCGGCAGUCAAGCUGGUCUGCCGCCCGUCCCCGGGCAGCAAGGUAGCCAGCAGGCUUUUGGCAAUUACCCUCAUCUGAAUCCUCAAUAUGGAGGGCUUGGUGGAUUGGGUACCCACCACCAGACUGGAGCUACUCAAACCCAUCAUCAAGCCGCAGGAUACGGAAACUAUGGUGGCGGAUUUGGCAGCAACUACUACGGCAACACUGGGCGUGGUGGUGGGUGGGGUGGCAAUUACGGACAUUAA